GGUGUGUCCGCUCUCGUUCUAAGCGUUGUUGCAGCCGCCUCUGUUGGCAUUUGCCGCCUGGAGGCUGUUGGCGGCGGACGCAGAAUAGUAACUGCGCACGACGUAACGGACUCUUAUGAGGAAAGGAGGCGGGAGAUAAGCGAAACAAACCGUGCACCAGACGUUGAUGGUUCCACUCAAGACUGGAUGUUUAGCCUGAUUUACUUGGCACAAUGUCUGCUCUGCCUUCUUACGGAGACUAACAACAGAUUCAGAAGAAGCUAACAGCUAAUGGCUUCUGACUCUAUGGUCCCAGAACAAGCAAAGCAUCGUGUCAUUAAAGGGAAAAGGCAGCAGCAACAUGAAAGGUCAUCUUUAAACAGUGAUGGGGAAGAAGACACAUUUGUAUUUGAAGCAAAUGAAGCUUGGAAGGAUUUUCACAGCUCUCUCCUUCACUUCUAUGAAGCUGGGGAACUUUGUGAUGUUACGCUAAAGGUGGGGUCAAAAUUGAUUUCCUGUCACAAGCUUGUACUGGCCUGUGUCAUUCCUUACUUCCGAGCGAUGUUUCUUUCUGAAAUGGCAGAAGCCAAGCAGUCAUUGAUUGAGAUCAAAGACUUCGAUGGUGAUGCCAUAGAGGAUUUGGUCAAGUUUGUGUACUCAUCUCGACUGACUUUGACAGUAGACAAUGUCCAGCCACUCUUAUAUGCUGCCUGCAUUCUCCAAGUGGAGGUAGUGGCCAAAGCUUGCUGUGAGUACAUGAAACUGCACUUCCAUCCUUCAAAUUGCCUGGCAGUGAGGGCUUUCGCUGAGAGUCACAACCGUGUUGACUUGAUGGACAUGGCUGAUCGCUAUGCCUGUGAACAUUUUGCUGAAGUAGUGGAGUGUGAAGACUUUGUGAGUGUGUCACCUCAACACCUGCAUAAACUGUUGUCUUCAAAUGACCUGAGCAUUGAGAGUGAAAAGCAGGUUUAUUGUGCUGCUAUUAAAUGGCUUCUUGCUAACCCACAGCAUCAUGCUACAUGGUUAGAUGAAAUAGUUGCACAGGUACGCCUGCCUCUGUUACCCAUUUGUUUUCUCAUGGGAGUGGUGGCAAAAGAAGAGAUUGUCAAACAGAAUCUGAAAUGCCGGGAUUUGUUGGAUGAAGCAAGAAACUACCACCUUCACUUGAGCAGUCAUACAGUACCAGAUUUUGAAUAUUCUGUCAGGACCACACCAAGGAAGCACACAGCAGGUGUCCUUUUUUGUGUUGGUGGUCGUGGUGGAUCGGGUGACCCAUUUCGCAGCAUUGAAUGCUACUCGAUAAAUAAGAACAGCUGGUUUUUUGGCCCUGAGAUGAACAGUAGGCGGAGACACGUGGGUGUAAUCUCUGUGGGAGGUAAAGUUUAUGCAGUAGGUGGGCAUGAUGGAAAUGAACACCUAGGCAGCAUGGAAAUGUUUGAUCCUGUGACAAAUAGAUGGAUGAUGAAAGCAUCAAUGAAUACCAAAAGGCGAGGGAUUGCUCUUGCUUCUCUUGGAGGCCCCAUUUAUGCCAUUGGAGGCCUAGAUGAUAAUACUUGCUUCAGCGAAGUGGAGAGAUAUGACAUUGAAUCUGAUCACUGGAGUGGAGUAGCACCUAUGAAUACACCUCGGGGAGGAGUUGGCUCUGUGGCUCUGAUGAACUAUGUAUAUGCUGUUGGGGGGAAUGAUGGUGUAGCUUCCCUUUCCAGUGUGGAAAAGUAUGAUCCUCAUCUGGAUAAAUGGAUAGAAGUGAAAGAAAUGGGCCAACGGAGGGCUGGCAAUGGAGUUAGUGAGCUCCAUGGCUGCUUAUAUGUAGUUGGUGGCUUUGAUGACAACUCUCCACUUAGCUCUGUUGAACGAUUUGACCCUCGCAGUAACAAGUGGGAAUACGUAGCCGAGCUCACAACUCCUCGAGGUGGAGUUGGCAUAGCAACUUUAAUGGGCAAAAUUUUUGCAGUGGGAGGACAUAAUGGUAACGCUUACUUGAAUACAGUGGAAACAUUUGAUCCUGUGGUGAACAGGUGGGAGCUUGUGGGUUCUGUGUCUCACUGCAGAGCUGGGGCUGGCGUAGCUGUCUGUGCUUGUCUGGGCAGCCAAAUCCGUGACAUGGGUCAUGGGUCCAGCAAUGUUGUGGAUUGCAUGUGAAUUUAGGGUGAAGGCAGUAAUGACUGUGAAAUGUUACAGGACUUCCCAACUAUUUCAAGACAUUUUGAACUCUUGUACAAGUAUGUAUAAAUAUUCCAAAAGGUUUUUGUAUAAUAAUUUGGGGUGGUGUGGCAGCUUUUAAAUGUCUUUCUGAAACAGAAAAUGUUUAGAAAAAAAUGGAAGACAUCAUCAACAAUUGUUUAAAAAAAGUCUCCCAGUGUGUUCGUUGCUGAAGGUGUUUGAUUUCCAGCAUCCUUUAACUUACCAAAUAUUGGAGAAAUAACUAUCUGCUGUUUUCAAGUGACUCUGCUGCUUCUCAGGUCUAUUCUCCAAAAGGCUUGUACUCCAGCACUUAAAAGACAACUCUGAAGAACACCUUAUAUUCUAUUCAAAACUGUUUCCUUCAUUACUAACAUGUUCUUCUGCUGUACUAUGCAAACUACAUUAGACCUUGUGGAUUCUUGAAAAAAGAAAUAUGAUGUCUUGGAGGUUGCUUAGAUUUGAUUGUUGGGCAGAAAAAGCAGCUGUCAGGCUGAGUGAUCUACAUUUUUCAGAAACUGAUGUUUCAGCUUGUUUGGCUUAAUUAGUAUGGAACAAGAGCACCACCAUAUGCUUCUUUAUUUAAAGACAAACAACUUGCAACAGAAAAUUACUGAUUGCUGGUGAAAUAACCUGGUUUGUUUCUUGGUGGUGGAGAAUCUCCAUGUCAUCCUAAUUGUGUACAGUUAUAAAAAUUGAUGCCAGAGAGAUUCUGAAUGCAUUCUUUUUUAUUUUAUCAUGAAUCAUCUCUCUGUUUUCAUAGUGCCUAUUGGUGGGCAGUGUAGAAGUCACACUUGCAGACUUUGUGUCUACAUCCUGGAUUGCUCCCCUGUCAGAUUUCUCAUGUUACUUUACCCCAUGGGCAUUUGCAACAGCCGUGGCCAGAACAUGUACUUCUUUAUAGCAUGAGGAAAGUCAAGCAUUUGAUAAUCAUUCAGCAAAUCACUUGGAGGGUGGGUAGCCUGUGAUUUGUGUCUAACCCUAAAAUGAUUUCUCUGGUUAAUCUGCAUUAUUUCCAUUAAUAGCAAAGUAGGAGAAUUUUUUGUGUGCUCUUGGUCUAUACACCUGUGUAUUUACUGUCCUAGUUAUCAUUUCCAGCAAGAAAAAAUACUGUAUGUUGAUAAACAGCUGGAAGCUGUAUUCUAAGUCUCACUUGGCAUUUAAAAUAACUGACACAAGCUCUUCCUAAAGUUGCUAUGCUACUUUCAAGCCACUGCUGUGGUGUCACUCUAUUUCCCAUGCUCUUUGAGAGAAUGGAUUGUGAAAUCUGUCACAUAGUGACUGUGUCCUUGUGUAAAUGCCUUUCAAAUUGUGGAUGAAAGACUGUGCCAUAUGCCCAAGACCUCUGCAGAAAGAACUGUAUAUAUGGAAGCUAAUUCCUCAUCAACUCAGGCCUGUUUAUCUGAUAUACCCCCUUACUAGUUGGACCACUAAAGUUUUGGAGUGCUGCCACCACAAGUGAGGAGAAAUGCCUUUUGCUAUUUUUUAUAUAUAUAACUUGUGCCAUUGUUACUCAGAGAAGACACUGUUAGCAAAUUAGUGAAUAUCACUUUAAAUUUUUUUGUCUGGCUAUCAGAAAGAAUUAGAUUUCUGUGCAAAUUUAAUAAAGGUUUUUUUUAAUAGGAAAUGUAAUAUUUUGUUUUUGGUUUAAGAUGAAUGUUCAUAUUUUGAUGAAGCCAAUCCUCCUUUCUUAGUUUCACUCAAAAUCUUUUUUUUUUUUUUUUUGGCCAGAAGUAGCUUUUAAUUUGUUCUUGGUGCUCACCCUAUGCAGCUUUAUAUGGGAGACUCUGGCGUGGUACAGAGUGCCAAAAAGAGGCGCCGGGGAGGCGUCUCACCUUGCUCUGCAGCAGCACCGUAGCAACCAAAUUGUGCGGUGCUGCAGUGCAGAAAGAAAGGAGCGGGCAGAAGUGGCUUUUUUUGCGACGCGCCAAAGCGCCAGUGAUGGUGCAAUGACGUGCCACUGGCGCGGCGCCUUGGAUGCUGCACUGCUAGCACGUCAUCGCUGCGCACACCAUCUGAAUGGUGCUGUGCAGCUGCGGCACACCCUGCCCCCGAGCAACGCUAGCACAUCAUGAGCGUGCCGCAAAGGGCCCGUCUGUACCAGGCCUCUGUAUAGCUUUAUUCUGAGCAUAACCAGAGAGGCCCUAUGCUAGGACAGGAAAACCUUUGAGUGGCAAAACCUCACAGGCCAGAAAAUGGAACACACACAGCUUUCUCAUAAGGAAAUUCAUGCAAUUUUGAUGUACAAAUGAAUUUGAGUGGUGCACAAUUGUAGAAGAAAAUCGUUACUUCACAUCUCUUAAGAUGCUCAUCAAGGCCUGAGGAAAAGUGUACGUGACCAAAGCUUUAUGCCCAGACCAUUUUGGAUGAGUGAGAAUGGAUUGCAGCAGAACAGUAGGGACAGAAGAAUAUUGUGUUUCUUGAAGAAACAGUUAAGUAGUUUUUCUCUGUGUAAUUCUGUCACAAAGCCCACAAAUGGCUGCUUUACAGUUGCACUGCCACUUCUUUGUAUAUGUCUGUGGUAUACAGUGAAGAAAAGAUAGAAUAAAGCUGAAUAUUAUGUUGUAUGGAAAUGGGGAAUAUUGUAAUAAAAUGUGUUUAUUGUUUGA